AUGGCAGGCUCUUCAGCAUCGGUCUCGCCGAGAGACUCCCCGUCUACACCAAAGGUUAGGUCGCCCGCCGCCACGCCUGUCUCGGGCCAGCAGACGCCGCUCCCCUCGAACGAUCCCGGCGAUGACCGUCCCGACGACCAUAACGCUGCCAAGCUGGCCGAAAAGGCUGCGCAAGCCCGGGUCACACAUAUCUGGAGACUAUGCUUCACUAUAUUCGCUCUUCUUCAUGCUGGCAAUGUAGUCCUGCAGCCGCCCCUGCUGCAACUGAAAGAGCUGUCUAGCUGCAUGUCGUAUUACGGCCCGGGAUGGUCGCUAGGGCGGGAUUGCAGGGUGGACUCUGUGCAAGACGAGUUGACGACUCUCAUGAAAUGGCAACAGCUGCUUGAUACCGCGCCAGGUAUCCUCUUCGGCGCGUUUUAUGGCAUGGCUGCAGACCGGUUCGGCCGUCGUCCUGUGCUUUUACUUUCGCUUAUUGGCAUCACAUUGGCUGCCAUUUGGAGUCAAGUAGUUUUGUUUUGGCCAACGGUCUUCUCAACCCGCUUAACUUGGAUUUCCGUUGUUUUUUUACUAUUUGGAGGCGGCACCCUCGUCGCUCGCGCCAUAAUUUUCGUUGUGGUAGCUGAUAUAACACCAGAGGAGAAAAGGGCCUCAAAAUUCUUCCGUCUCUAUGGAGUUGCCCUCCUUAUAGAUAUGGUAUUAUCACCAGCUAGUGGAGCAUUAGCUAGCAUUCAGCCUUGGUGGCCGGCCCGCUUUGGAUUGAUUGCAUUCGUCAUGUCUGUGCUUACAACUUUGCUUGUCCUUCCUGAAACCCUUGUGAAGCCGACAUUGCCGCCAUCUACCCAGGGCCAACGCACGCAGCUGGAGGAAGAACCAGAGGAAGAAGAUGAUCCGGUAAUAUAUGCUGACGCCCAGAAGAAUACCUACUGGUGGCACGUGAGAAAAGUCAUGUCGAGUCUUCGCACGCUCAGGUUUCUCAUUGCCUCGCGUCAGGUGCUUCUUCUAGUACCCCUUCUUUCUGUUGGUCAGUUAUAUGAUCAGUCUGCAGAUUUCUUUAUAAAUUAUGUUUCAAGGCGCUACGGAUGGCGACUUUCCCAAGCGAGCUUUUGGCUGACAUACCGCAAUGUUGUUAACCUGGUCCUCUUGAGCACGAUACUCCCCGGUGUAAGCACUGUGCUUCUACGUCACGGCUUUAAUGCGGGUCGAAAAGACAUUUGGAUUUCUCGCGCGAGUAUCUUAUGUCUAGCCGUUGGAGCCUUCGUUAUUGGAUUAGCCCCUGUUUUGCCCAUCAUGGUCACCGGCCUCACUAUCUUUGCGCUUGGCCACGGCUUUGUUCCAGCCGUACUCAGUCUAGCAACCCCCUACAUCGAACCGGGUCAUAUUGGACUGCUCUAUACAGCCAUGACAAUCGGCGAGGCAAUUGGCAAGCUAGCCAACGAGCCGCUUCUAGCCGGAAGUUUCGAAUUGGGCAUGCGAGUCGGCGGUUUGCUACUGGGUUUGCCUUUUGUGGCCACCGGCAUCAUGUUAACCAUUACUGCUGUUAGCCACGAUCAUCCGAAAUGCUCCACGUACAGAGCUGGACGCGGCAAUGAUGUUGUUGUUGGCAGGCAUAGGGCGAUUCGUCCAUUCUCAACCACCAAUAACCCUAACUCCAAUCAAGCAACUACGCCUAGUACUACAACCACUGCUAGUAGCAAUAGUAUCACACCCACAGUAUCAUCGUUCUCUCAGGCUCACCUCUACCCCGGAAAAGAUUCUUCGAAGAAGGAAACCGUCCUCGUCCUCGGGUCCGGCUGGGGCGGAUACAUCUUCUCACGCAAAAUCUCACCCAAGCAACACGACUGCACAGUGAUAUCGCCCCGGUCAUAUUUCGUGUUCACGCCAUUGCUGACGGACACGGCGGCAGGGAACUUGGAUUUCUCAUCUAUCGUCGAGCCCAUGCGCGACAUCAAGAGUAGAGUGGAUUUCAUCCAAGCCGCUGCAAGGAGCGUCAAUUUCAAGAAAAAGACCGUCUUGUGUGAAGCCAGCAUUGUGAAAUCCGGCGUCACCGAGUCUCCCCGUGUCGAAGAGACCGAACGCACGCACGAAGAAGGGCCCGAAACAGGCGCGAUGCGCGGCAAGGAGCAUCUACGCAGCUGGGAACAAGGGCAGCUUUUCGAAAUCCCAUACGACAAAUUGGUGAUUGCCGUUGGGUGCGUGAGUCAGACUUUUGCAACACCGGGCGUGCGAGAGAAUGCCAUGUUUUUCAAAGAUAUUGGUGAUUCGCGACGAGUCAAGCGGCGGGUUAGGGAGUGCUUUGAAUUGGCGGCUCUGCCGACUACCACGGAAGAAAUGCAGCGCCAUCUCCUGCAUUUUGCGAUUGUGGGAGCCGGUCCCACGGGCACAGAACUGGCAGCUACUCUUCGUGAUUUUGUGAAUAGUAAUAUGCUGCAGCUGUACCCGGCCUUGAAGGACAAGGCGAAAAUUACGUUGUACGAUGUCGCACCCACGGUGUUGAGUAUGUUUGAUAAGUCGUUGUCACAAUAUGCUAUUGAGACAAUGUCCAAGGAAGGCAUUGAUAUUCGGACGUCACAUCAUAUCCAGGGAUUAAGAUGGGGUCUACCUAAUACCGAAGGCCCGCAUGAGAUGGAUCCCAAGGGCUGUCUCACGCUGAACACAAAGGAGCAAGGCGACGUUGGCGUGGGGAUCUGUGUGUGGGCGACUGGAAACACAAUGAACAAGUUUGUCAAAUACUCUCUAAACGAGAUUGACGAAUUCCCCGAGGGGUCUGCAAAACUGAUAAACGGCGGACAAUCGAAGGUAAAAGGCAGAGAAGGGCCUGAUAGCAAAGGAUGGCAUAUCAAAAAAGCAUCCAAAGUCGGCGCCCUCCUAGUUGACGGUCAUUUCCGCGUCCAAUUGGAGCAUGAAAACGGGCGAGUGGCAGUUUUACAAGACGUGUUUGCGAUUGGUGAUAACGCCAUGCCAGAAACAGGGGCUCCUCCGGCUACAGCACAGGCAACAUCACAAGAAGCGAAAUGGCUUGCUGAUCGUUUCAAUCGUGGCGAUAUCGACCAAGUCCCCAGUUUCUCUUUCCGGAACAUGGGCACGCUCGCCUAUAUUGGUAGUUCGAAUGCGCUCAUGCAAAUCCCGCAUGAGAAGAAGAAGGAGCAUGGGGGCAAUGGUGAUAGACGCCGGAAUCCGUAUUUGCCGGAGGGAUUGACGGGGCGAACGGCUUGGUUGGUUUGGAAGGUGGCGUAUUUGAGCAUGAGUAUUAGCUGGCGCAAUCGGUGCAGGAUUUUGUUUCGGUGGAUCGUUAAUCGGAUGUUUGGGAGUGAUAUUUCGAGAUUCUAA